UAAUGCGGCAAGUGUUGGUGUUGCUUUUGCUCUUCUGCUUCAUUGUGUCAGGCCAAACGAAGCCUAAACCAGGUCCACCUAUAGAGAGGAUGUAUCCUUUUCCUACUGCUCCAUCAACUCCCACCACUUCAUCUACAUCAUCUACUUCAUCUACUUCUACAACUCCAACUACAUCUAAAACCCUUCCUCCUGCUGCCGCUGAUACAUCCACAACUACAAAAGGAGUCCCUCUGGUUGUUCCCGAUGCUCCUACAUUAGCUUAUACUUCAACUACCACAACUCAAACAACAACAACGACUACUUCAAAGGCGGAAGAGAGUAAAAGUGGAUUGUUGAUUGCUUUUCUGUUUAUUGUUGUUAUUAUUGUUGUGGAUAACGAUCGUACCUUACCUCCUCCCACUACAACAACAACAACUACUACAUCAUCUACUUCUACAACUCCAACUACAUCUAAAACCCUUCCGCCUGCUGACACAUCCACAACUACAAAAGGAGUUCCUUCGGUUGCUCCCAAAUCAACUUCUGCUUCAACUACCACAACUAAAAAAACAACAACGACUACUACUUCAAAGGCGGAAGAGAGUAAAAGUGGAUUGUUGAUUGCUUUUCUGUUUAUUGUUGUUAUUAUUGCUGUGAUUACCGGCAUUGUUGUUCUCAUCGUUUUGAUGAUCUUGAAAAGUGAUAAAAAAGAGGAGGAAACCAAGUCCAAGACAAAGAAAGAAAAGAAGCAGAAAGGAGGUAGCAAAAUUGGUUAUGAAAAAUCUGAGGUGACAAUUGAAAAGAAUCCUGGACUUUCAUUGGCAUCGAAGACCAGAACCAAGACGAAAGUAAAUACGCUUAUCUAA